AUGGGUGUCGGCCGGAGAAAGUUGGUCCCAUUCUGGGUCCUAGCCCUGGCCCUGGCCUGCAGCCAACACACAGGCCAGGCCCAACAGGACACUCUGAAAUCUUACCAUGAACACCGUUCUGACUCUUCUCACCCUCAAGGGCAUGUUGGUACCCCACCUCUGAAGACCAUUCCGGUGGUACGAGCCGUCAACCCAGCACAUACCAGGCGGGUGUGCAGCACAUGGGGCAACUUCCACUACAAGACCUUUGAUGGACAGGUCUUCUACUUCCCUGGUCUCUGCAACUAUGUGUUCUCUGCACACUGUGGGGCUGCCUAUGAGGACUUCAAUAUCCAGCUACGUCGUAGCCAGGAGUCUAAUUCCACCACUCUGAGCAAGGUCACCAUGAAACUUGAUGGCCUAGUUGUUGAGCUGACCAAGAGUUCCAUCCUAGUCAAUAACCACCCGGUCCAGCUGCCCUUCAGCCAGUCUGGGGUCCUCAUUGAGCUUGGCAAUGGCUACCUGAAGGUGGUGGCUAGGCUGGGGCUGCUCUUCAUGUGGAAUGACGAUGACAGUCUUCUGCUGGAGUUGGACACCAAAUAUACCAACAAGACUUGUGGUCUCUGUGGAGACUUCAAUGGCAGUCCAAAAUCCAGCGAGUUCCUUUCCCAGAAUGUUAGGCUGACACCCCUUGAGUUUGGGAACCUUCAGAAGAUGGACGGCCCUACAGAACAGUGCCAGGACCCCCUCCCUGUGCCCCAGAAGGACUGUUCCACCAGAUCUGGCAUCUGUGAAAAGAUCCUGAAAAGUCAGCUGUUCUCAAACUGUGCGGCCCUGGUGGACAUCAGCAGCUACCUGGAGGCUUGCCAGCAGGACCUCUGUCUCUGUGAGAGCUCGGAUCCAUCUGACUGCAUCUGCCAUACUCUGGCUGAAUACUCCCGGCAGUGUGCACACGCUGGAGGACAGCCCCAGGACUGGCGGGGUCCCAACCUCUGCUCCCAGACGUGCCCCCUCAACAUGCAACAUCAGGAAUGUGGCUCACCCUGUGUGGACACCUGCUCCAACCCCCAGCAUUCCCAGGUCUGUGAGGACCACUGUGUUGCUGGAUGCUUCUGUCCUGAGGGUAUGGUGCUUGAUGACAUCAACCAGACAGGCUGUGUCCCCGUGUCCCAGUGUGCCUGCCUGUACAAUGGGACAUUUUAUGCACCGGGUACCAGUUACUCUACUGACUGCACCAACACAUGCUCUGGAGGUCAGUGGAGCUGCCAGGAAGUCCCAUGCUCUGGCACCUGCUCAGUACUGGGAGGCUCCCACAUCUCCACAUUUGAUGAAAGGCAGUACACAGUACAUGGGGACUGCAGCUAUGUGCUGAGUAAGCCCUGUGACAGCAAUGUCUUCACUGUACUGGCUGAGCUGCGGAAGUGUGGAUUGACUGAAAGCGAGACUUGUCUGAAGACUGUGACGUUGAACCUCGAUGGGGGAAAGACGGUGGUCAUGGUGAAAGCCACUGGAGAGGUCUUUGUGAACCAGAUCUAUACCCAGUUGCCAAUGUCUACAGCCAAUGUUACCUUCUUCCGGCCUUCAACCUUCUUCAUCAUUGGUGAGACCAACCUGGGUUUGCAGCUUGAGAUCCAGCUGAUUCCCAAUAUGCAAACGUCUGUGCGUCUGACACCUCAGUUCAGGGGGCUAACCUGUGGGCUCUGUGGUAACUUCAACAGUAUGCAGGCUGACGACUUCCAGACCAUCAGUGGGGUUGUAGAAGGCACAGCAGCUGCUUUUUUCAACACCUUCAAGACUCAGGCGGCUUGUCCCAAUGUCAAGAAUAUCUUUGAGGACCCCUGCUCUCUCAGCGUGGAGAAUGAAAAGUAUGCUCAGCACUGGUGUUCUCGGCUGACUGAUGCCAGUGGCCCAUUUUCCCAGUGUCACGCCACCGUGAACCCCAGCACCUUCUUCUCGAACUGCAUGUUUGACACGUGCAACUGUGAGAAAAGCGAGGACUGCAUGUGUGCAGCCCUGUCCUCCUAUGUACGUGCCUGUGCUUCCAAAGGCGUGCUGCUCAGUGACUGGAGGGAUGGCAUCUGCACAAAGCCUACAAUUACCUGUCCCAAGUCAAUGACCUAUCAAUACCAUAUCAGCACCUGCCAGCCCACCUGCCAUGCUCUCAGUGAGGAAGAUGUCACCUGCCGUGUCAACUUCAUCCCUGUAGAUGGCUGCACCUGCCCCAAAGGCACCUUCUUGGAUGAUUUGGGCAAAUGUGUGCAGGCUACUAGCUGUCCUUGCUAUUACAAGGGAUCCACAGUUCCCAAUGGCGAGUCUGUGCAUGACAAUGGGGCCAUCUGCACCUGCACCCAAGGAGCACUAACUUGUAUUGGAGGUCCUGCCCCGACUCCAGUGUGUGAUGAACCCAUGAUCUAUUUUGACUGCCGCAAUGCCACACCUGGUGACACUGGAGCUGGAUGUCAGAAAAGCUGUCACACCCUAGACAUGACCUGUUACAGCUCCGAGUGCGUGCCUGGCUGUGUGUGCCCGAAUGGGCUGGUGGCAGAUGGCAAUGGAGGCUGUGUUAUUGCUGAGGACUGCCCUUGUGUGCACAAUGAGGCCACCUACAGGCCCGGGGAGACCAUCCGAGUGGGCUGCAACAACUGCACCUGUGAGAACAGGAUGUGGCAAUGCACAGACAAACCUUGCCUGGCCACCUGUGCUGUGUAUGGGGAUGGCCACUACAUCACUUUUGAUGGGCAGCGCUACAGUUUCAAUGGGGACUGCGAGUACACACUGCUGCAGGACAACAAUGGUGGGAAUGGCAGCUCCCAGGAUGCCUUUCGUGUUGUCACCGAGAACAUCCCCUGUGGUACUACAGGAACCACCUGCUCCAAGGGCAUCAAGAUCUUCCUGGGGAACUAUGAGCUGAAAUUGAGUGACAGCAAGAUGGAGGUGGUCCAGAGGGACGAGGGGCAGGAGCCCCCCUACUUCGUCCACCAGAUGGGCAACUACCUGGUGGUGGAAACCGACACUGGCCUGGUGCUUUUGUGGGACAAAAAGACCAGCAUCUUUCUCAGACUCAGCCCUGAGUUCAAGGGCAAGGUCUCUGGUCUGUGUGGGAACUUUGAUGACAACGCCAUCAAUGACUUCACCACACGCAGCCAGUCUGUGGUGGGCGACGUGCUGGAGUUUGGGAAUAGCUGGAAGUUGUCCCCAUCCUGCCCGGAUGUCCUGGUGUCCAAGGACCCCUGCACUGCCAACCCUUACCGCAAGUCCUGGGCCCAAAAGCAAUGCAGCAUCAUCAACAGUGCGACCUUCUCCACCUGCCAUGCUCAUGUGGAGCCAGCCAAGUACUAUGAAGCAUGUGUGAGUGACGCCUGUGCCUGUGACUCAGGAGGUGACUGUGAGUGUUUCUGCACUGCUGUGGCCGCCUAUGCCCAGGCCUGCCAUGAAGUGGGAGUAUGUGUGUCCUGGAGGACACCAGACAUCUGCCCACUGUUCUGUGACUACUACAACCCAGAGGGUCAGUGUGAGUGGCACUACCAGCCGUGUGGUGCCCCCUGCAUGCGCACCUGCCAGAACCCUAGUGGACAGUGCCUACAAGAUCUUCGUGGUCUGGAAGGCUGCUACCCCAAGUGCCCACCAACAGCCCCCAUCUUUGAUGAGGGCACGAUGCAGUGUGUAUCCAACUGUACAGUCACCCCCUCACCUCUACCGCCACCUCCCUGCCGCAUCAAUGGAAAGUUGUACUGGCCAGGUGCAUCAGUACCUUCAGACAAAAACUGUUAUUCCUGCAUUUGUACGGAGAGUGGUGUGAGCUGUUCCCAUGAUGCUGGUGCCUGUGUCUGUACCUACAAUGGGCAACAGUUCCAUCCUGGGGACAUCAUCUACCACACGACAGAUGGCAUGGGAGGCUGUAUCUCUGCACACUGCAGGGACAAUGGUACCAUCGAGAGGAGUGUUGACACCUGCAGUCCCACCACCCCCACACCCCCUACCACUUUCUCCUUCUCCACACCACUUGUCAUGACCUCAAUGCGACCUUCCAGCACACACUCCAGCCCUACCCCGAGUGCAGUGUACCCAGGGUCCCCAAGCAAGGCUGCAUCGACAACCAGCAGCGUGUCGUCUGUGAAGACCCCUGCCACAGCCCCUAUUUUGACCACAUCUACUUCGGCCUUCACCGUAACCACAUCAGGCUGCCAAGAGGAGUGCCUCUGGUCUCCCUGGAUGGAUGUCAGCCGUCCUGGACGUGGCAUUGACAGUGGUGAUUUUGACACUCUGAAGAACCUCCGUGACCAUGGCUACCACAUCUGCCCAGUGCCCAAAGCAGUGGAGUGCCGUGCUGAGGACAGCCCUGAGGUGCCUCUUCACGCACUGCAGCAGCACGUGGAGUGUAGCACAACUGUAGGGUUAAUCUGUUACAACAGUGAUCAGGUGUCAGGGCUCUGUGACAACUACCAGAUCAAAGUGCAGUGCUGUUCCCCGGUCAGCUGUCCAACCUCCAGUGGUCCUACCCAGACCACCCAUCUGAUAUCCUCCAGGACAACUACCAUGGGGAACACAACCUCCUCGGUCCCUGUCACCUCAACUGAGCACACACACAGCCCAGCUACCUCAGGUUCUUCUACCCAUACCCCAGGUCCUCCUCCCUCUUCCUCAGUACCUUCUUCAUCAGCUCCAGCUCCAUCUACUCCUGCUCCAGUCAGUUCUACCACUGUUAAAACAACUCUGCCCACCACUAGCCCAACACCAGAGUCAACUUCAGCCACAUCAUCUGUAUCCAUCUCAACCUCAGGGUCCACCAUAGCCUCCUUUGAGACAAUUCAUGCAUGCAAACAGGAGCUUUGCAACUGGACCAGUUGGAUAGAUGGCAGCUACCCUGAGCCUGACAUAAACAGUGGAGAUUUUGACACCUUUCAAAACCUGAGAUCCAAAGGAUACAAGUUCUGUGAGAAGCCACGAGAUGUUGAGUGCAGGGCUCAGUUCUUUCCCGACACACCACUGGAGGAGCUGGGGCAGGAUGUGACCUGCAACCGAGAGGAGGGUUUGAUUUGUUUGAACAAGAACCAGUUGCCACCUAUUUGCUACAACUAUGAGAUCCGGAUAGAGUGCUGCACAGUAGUAGACAACUGUCACACAACUUCAGCUACCACACAUCCCCCAUCACAUGGAGUCAGCACGAAAACAAAGACCAACUGGACCACGAAGAUGUAUUCCUCUUUCACCAAGGACACCAGUACUCACUCAGCAGCCACAGACACAAAGACCUGGGUCUCAGGUAGUCCACACACAACCACUCAACCAGUAACCACUCACUGCCAGCUGCAGUGUAACUGGACCAAGUGGUUUGACACUGACUUCCCGGUGCCUGGUCCACAUGGAGGGGACCUGGAAACCUACAGCAACAUUUUGAGGAGUGGAGAGAGACUCUGUCACCGGCCAGAGGAGAUCACAGAGUUGCAAUGCAGGGCUGUGGACCAUCCUGAGGUAGAUCUGGAGGAUCUGAAUCAGGUGGUUCAGUGCAUCCCCAGUGUGGGCCUGGUGUGCCACAACAGGGACCAGCAGGGCAAGUCUGGGAUGUGCCUCAACUAUGAGGUGCGAGUGCUGUGCUGUCGAGUUCCAGAAGACUGUCUCACCACCACACGUGCCACUCUUCCCAGUACCCCAAGUGAGACUGUCACCAGCUCAACACCCGGCACCACUUCCAUGCAGACAGCAAGCAGUACCUCCACGCCCCAAACCAUGACAACUGUUGUGCAGACAGUCAGUACCACCUCAACAUCCCAAGGGAGCUCACCCAAUACAGGAAAAGCCAGCACCACCCACAAAACCCAGAGCAGCUCAACACAUAUAGGAGAAACCAGCACCAGGUCUGUGCACACAGAAAGUACAACAUCCACUCCUAAACUGACCUCCAGACAAACGGCCAGCACAGUGUCCACCAGGGUGACCAGCACCAGUUCUGGGCAGACGGAGCACACGAUAUUCAUGGGGAAAACCAGCACUCUCUCUGUUCCUGGAACCAGCACCACCUCUGGAACCAGCACCAACUCUGGAACCAGCACCACCUCUGGAACCAGCACCACCUCUGUUGCUACCAGCACCACAGGGCCCAGGACUCAUUCUGAGGUGACUCAUUCCCCAGUGACCACUCACUGCCAGCUGCAGUGUAACUGGACCAAGUGGUUUGACACUGACUUCCCAGUGCCUGGUCCACAUGGAGGGGACCUGGAAACCUACAGCAACAUUUUGAGGAGUGGAGAGAGACUCUGUCACCGGCCAGAGGAGAUCACAGAGUUGCAAUGCAGGGCUGUGGACCAUCCUGAGGUAGAUCUGGAGGAUCUGAAUCAGGUGGUUCAGUGCAUCCCCAGUGUGGGCCUGGUGUGCCACAACAGGGACCAGCAGGGCAAGUCUGGGAUGUGCCUCAACUAUGAGGUGCGAGUGCUGUGCUGUCGAGUUCCAGAAGACUGUCUCACCACCACACGUGCCACUCUUCCCAGUACCCCAAGUGAGACUGUCACCAGCUCAACACCCGGCACCACUUCCAUGCAGACAGCAAGCAGUACCUCCACGCCCCAAACCAUGACAACUGUUGUGCAGACAGUCAGUACCACCUCAACAUCCCAAGGGAGCUCACCCAAUACAGGAAAAGCCAGCACCACCCACAAAACCCAGAGCAGCUCAACACAUAUAGGAGAAACCAGCACCAGGUCUGUGCACACAGAAAGUACAACAUCCACUCCUAAACUGACCUCCAGACAAACGGCCAGCACAGUGUCCACCAGGGUGACCAGCACCAGUUCUGGGCAGACGGAGCACACAAUAUUCACAGGGAAAACCAGCCCUCUCUCUGUUCCUGGAACCAGCACCACCUCUGGAACCAGCACCACCUCUGGAACCAGCACCACCUCUGGAACCAGCACCACCUCUGGAACCAGCACCACCUCUGGAACCAGCACCACCUCUGUUGCUACCAGCACCACAGGGCCCAGGACUCAUUCUGAGGUGACUCAUUCCCCAGUGACCACUCACUGCCAGCUGCAGUGUAACUGGACCAAGUGGUUUGACACUGACUUCCCGGUGCCUGGUCCACAUGGAGGGGACCUGGAAACCUACAGCAACAUUCUGAGGAGUGGAGAGAGACUCUGUCACCGGCCAGAGGAGAUCACAGAGUUGCAAUGCAGGGCUGUGGACCAUCCUGAGGUAGAUCUGGAGGAUCUGAAUCAGGUGGUGCAGUGCGUCCCCAGUGUGGGCCUGGUGUGCCACAACAGGGACCAGCAGGGCAAGUCUGGGAUGUGCCUCAAUUAUGAGGUGCGAGUGCUGUGCUGUCGAGUUCCAGAAGACUGUCUCACCACCACACGUGCCACUCUUCCCAGUACCCCAAGUGAGACUGUCACCAGCUCAACACCCGGCACCACUUCCAUGCAGACAGCAAGCAGUACCUCCACGCCCCAAACCAUGACAACUGUUGUGCAGACAGUCAGUACCACCUCAACAUCCCAAGGGAGCUCACCCAAUACAGGAAAAGCCAGCACCACCCACAAAACCCAGAGCAGCUCAACACAUAUAGGAGAAACCAGCACCAGGUCUGUGCACACAGAAAGUACAACAUCCACUCCUAAACUGACCUCCAGACAAACGGCCAGCACAGUGUCCACCAGGGUGACCAGCACCAGUUCUGGGCAGACGGAGCACACGAUAUUCAUGGGGAAAACCAGCACUCUCUCUGUUCCUGGAACCAGCACCACCUCUGGAACCAGCACCACCUCUGGAACCAGCACCACCUCUGGAACCAGCACCACCUCUGUUGCUACCAGCACCACAGGGCCCAGGACUCAUUCUGAGGUGACUCAUUCCCCAGUGACCACUCACUGCCAGCUGCAGUGUAACUGGACCAAGUGGUUUGACACUGACUUCCCGGUGCCUGGUCCACAUGGAGGGGACCUGGAAACCUACAGCAACAUUUUGAGGAGUGGAGAGAGACUCUGUCACCGGCCAGAGGAGAUCACAGAGUUGCAAUGCAGGGCUGUGGACCAUCCUGAGGUAGAUCUGGAGGAUCUGAAUCAGGUGGUGCAGUGCGUCCCCAGUGUGGGCCUGGUGUGCCACAACAGGGACCAGCAGGGCAAGUCUGGGAUGUGCCUCAAUUAUGAGGUGCGAGUGCUGUGCUGUCGAGUUCCAGAAGACUGUCUCACCACCACACGUGCCACUCUUCCCAGUACCCCAAGUGAGACUGUCACCAGCUCAACACCCGGCACCACUUCCAUGCAGACAGCAAGCAGUACCUCCACGCCCCAAACCAUGACAACUGUUGUGCAGACAGUCAGUACCACCUCAACAUCCCAAGGGAGCUCACCCAAUACAGGAAAAGCCAGCACCACCCACAAAACCCAGAGCAGCUCAACACAUAUAGGAGAAACCAGCACCAGGUCUGUGCACACAGAAAGUACAACAUCCACUCCUAAACUGACCUCCAGACAAACGGCCAGCACAGUGUCCACCAGGGUGACCAGCACCAGUUCUGGGCAGACGGAGCACACAAUAUUCACGGGGAAAACCAGCACUCUCUCUGUUCCUGGAACCAGCACCACCUCUGUUGCUACCAGCACCACGGGCCCCAGGACUCAUUCUGAGGUGACUCAUUCCCCAGUGACCACUCACUGCCAGCUGCAGUGUAACUGGACCAAGUGGUUUGACACUGACUUCCCGGUGCCUGGUCCACAUGGAGGGGACUUGGAAACCUACAGCAACAUUCUGAGGAGUGGAGAGAGACUCUGUCACCGGCCAGAGGAGAUCACAGAGUUGCAAUGCAGGGCUGUGGACCAUCCUGAGGUAGAUCUGGAGGAUCUGAAUCAGGUGGUGCAGUGCGUCCCCAGUGUGGGCCUGGUGUGCCACAACAGGGACCAGAAGGGCAAGUCUGGGAUGUGCCUCAACUAUGAGGUGCGAGUGCUGUGCUGUCACGUUCCAGAAGACUGUCUCGGGACUGAUCGGACUCUUCCUGUGACAUUAUCCCAUAAGCCUUCAUUUCCAGUUGUGUCACCAUCAUCUGUGUCCCCAUCCUCAUUGACCAGCCCUAGGGUUCGCUCUACCACCCCUUGCUUCUGCAGCGUGUCAGGCCAGUUAUACCCUUUGGGAACCAUCAUCUACAACCAGACAGACCUUGAUGGCCACUGUUACUAUGCGUUGUGCAGCCAGGAUUGUCAGGUGGUCAGAGGUGUUAGUCAAGACUGCCCCUCCACCAUGCCACCCCCUACACCAACUCUGUCUACAUCCACUGUCCCACCUGUCCACGAGCGGAAUCGGUGCAAUGUGGUUCCUCCAAGACUGAAAGGGGAGACCUGGCCCAUGCCGAAUUGUUCGCAAGCCAGCUGUGAGGGCAACAAUGUUGUCUCCCUGAGCCCACGCCAGUGCCCAGAGCUAAAGAAACCAUCUUGUGCCAACGGCUACCCACCUCUGAAGGUGGAUGACCAGGAUGGUUGCUGCCAGCACUACCAGUGCCAGUGUGUCUGCAGCGGCUGGGGUGACCCCCACUACAUCACAUUUGAUGGCACUUACUACACUUUCCUGGAUAACUGCACAUACGUGCUGGUGCAGCAGAUCGUGCCCGUGUUUGGAUACUUCCGUGUGCUCAUUGACAACUACUUCUGUCACCUGGAAGACAGUGUUUCCUGCCCGCAGUCCAUCAUUGUCGAGUAUCACCAGGACCGUGUGGUGUUGACCCGCAGGCCAGUUAGCGGCGUCAUGACCAAUCAGAUCAUCUUCAACAACAAGGUAGUCAGUCCUGGCUUCCAGCAGAAUGGGAUUGUCGUCUCCCGUGUGGGUAUCAAGAUGUAUGUUACCAUCCAAGAGAUUGGUGUCCGGGUCAUGUUUUCGGGCCUCAUCUUCUCAGUCGAGGUGCCCUUCAACUUGUUUGCCAACAACACCGAGGGCCAAUGUGGCACUUGCACCAAUGACAAAAAGGAUGAAUGCCGCCUGCCUGGGGGUUCCAUAGCCUCCUCUUGUUCUGAGAUGUCUCUCCACUGGAAGGUACCCAACCAGCCUUCCUGCCAAGGGCCUCCACCAACGCCAACUUCAGUGGUACCCAAGCCAUCACCUACUUCAUGCCCACCAUCGCCACUCUGUGAGCUCAUCCUAAGCGACGUCUUCAAGCUCUGUCAUGAUGUCAUCGCCCCACUGCAGUUCUAUGAAGGCUGCUUAUUUGACUACUGCCACAUGCUGGACUUGGAGGUGGUGUGCUCAGGCCUGGAGCUCUAUGCAGCACUCUGUGCAGCCCAGGGCGUGUGCAUCCCCUGGAGAAGCUAUACUAACAACACCUGUCCAUUCACGUGCCCUGAUAACAAAGUAUACCAGCCUUGUGGCCCAUCCAACCCUCACUACUGCUACCGGGAAGAUAACAUCAGCCCAAGCUUGAUCCUUCAAGAGUCUGGCUCCAAGACAGAGGGCUGCUUCUGUCCAGAUGGCUCAACCCUUUUCAGUACCAAUGACUCAAUCUGUGUGCCUUCCUGCCAAUGGUGUAUGGGGCCUCAUGGGGAACCUAUGGAGCCGGGCCACACCAUCAGCAUCGACUGCCAGGACUGCAUCUGUAAGGAUGCCACGCUGACCUGCCGAAGGAAGUUCUGCCCCCAGCCCACCUGUCUAGAGCCUGGCUUUGUUCCGGUGCCUGUAGCCCUAGAGGAUGGCCAGUGUUGUCCCCAGUUCACUUGCGCCUGCAACUCCAGCCACUGCCCUCCACCUCUGCACUGCCCGGAGAAUUCUAGCCUGAUCGUCACAUAUGAGGAGGGAGCUUGCUGUCCAAGCCAGAACUGCAGCUUUACACCCAGUCAGAAGGGCUGUGAAGUCAACGGGACUCUUUACCAGCCUGGCGACGUGGUCUCCUCCAGCCUAUGUGAAAGAUGCCUGUGUGAGGUUUCCAGCAAUUCCCUUUCUGAUGUCUUUGUGGUCAACUGUGAGACUGAGCUCUGUAACAUCCAAUGCCCUAAGGGCUUUGAGUACCAGGUCACGCCAGGGCAGUGCUGUGGCCAGUGUAUACAGAAGACCUGCCCCUUUAAAAACAGCAGCAACUCUACCUACUUCUACCAGCCUGGUGAGUUAUGGUCAGAACCUGGGAACCCAUGUGUGACUCAUAAGUGUGAGAAGUUCCAAGAUGCACUCAUAGUCGUGACAAUGAAGACAGAAUGCCCCAAGAUCAACUGUCCGCAGGGCCAGGCUCAGCUGAGAGAAGACGGAUGCUGCUAUGAUUGUCCCUUCCUACCCCAGCAGAAAUGUACAGUGCACCAAAGACAGCAGAUCAUCCGUCAGCACAACUGCAGCUCUGACGGCCCAGUGAGCAUCUCCUACUGCCAGGGCAACUGCGGGGACAGCACCUCCAUGUACUCCCUGGAGGCCAACACGGUAGAGCACACGUGUGAGUGCUGCCAGGAGCUGCAAACCUCGCAGAGGAGUGUGACUCUGCACUGUGAUGAUGGCUCCAGUCGGACCUUCAGCUACACCCAGGUUGAGAAGUGUGGCUGCCUGGGCCAGCGGUGCCAUGCUCCAGGGGACACAAGCCAUGCGGAGUCCUCAGAACAAGACUUCAAGUCCAAGGAAAGUGAGGAACGUGGCCAGCAGUCGGCAUUCAGGGUCAGCGAGGACAAGCUUGGGCCUUUCCAGUAAACUGAGCACCAACGCGGACCUAACCAAGAAGUCCUCCUGAGGCCAGCAGGGCAUGUAGUUUAGUCUAAGUGGCUUGAAUUCUAGCUACCU